CUCUCGAAACGAGUUCUGUGUUUUCGAAACGAUUACGCAAAGAAGACAACGAUAGAAUAACCUUCUUUUUAUUUCAAAUACUGGAUUGACAUCCCGAUCAGUAAAAAGUUUCAAGUUACUUAAGUUUCGUUUUUGUUUGUUUUAUGAGUGGAUGCGAACGGAUUAGGGAUCACUGCGCGGAUGUUCAACAUGGCCGAAAUGGACUCUUAGCAUCUUAUGAUGUUCGGAAGAAUAAUUCAUUAUUCCUUCUUACUGAUUUUACCCUUCAUUGAUGUGUUUUUGGAAGCUUUGCACCACCACUCUGCCACUGGGCUGCCAAGCGUCAUUGAAGGGGACCUAGGCUCACGUCUCACGCUCCAGUGCAACAUUAGCCGGCCGCACCACCACAACCAAGCUCAGCGCAUUGUCUGGCUGAAGGACGGUCGCGGUCUGGGCCCCGAGCUCAGCUGGACGGUGUACGAGUACCGCGGUGACCUGGUGUCGUCGGGACUUCUGCUGAGCGACGCCGGAAACUACUCCUGCUACCUCGACACGCCGCAUCCUCACAGCAGCGCUCAGCUCGUUGUCCGUACUCCCCCAGGGCGCCUGUCAAACAUAACAGUCCAUCCGUCGACUGUUGUAGCCACUGUGAGGUGGCACAUCACCAGUGACGGAGGCUGCCCCCUCUCCCAUUUCACUUUGGCCUACCAGCCUACACAGCAGCCGCCGGCCAAUAGCUCAGCCGCAGCCCACCACUACUUGCCUGUGCACAUCAGUCCUGCCGCUCGGCAGUUCUUUGUGUACCACCUGGAGCCGGGCACCCCGUACAUGUUCCGCAUGUGGGCUUCUAACCGCCUGGGUCCCGGGGAAGCCACGACGGUGUACGCCUCCACCUCCAAGCCGCUCGACCCCGCAGAAGUGGUGCAGAAGAUGUUUGCCGGCGGGGAUGACUUCAGCACGGCAGCAUGGAUGGUGGCCGUCUCAAUGGUCAUGGGCACCAUCCUGAUUCUCUCUUGCCUCAGCUGCCUCCUCAUUUACAAGGAAGGGCGACAUGAGGAGUUUCAAGACGAGGUAGAAGAGGAGGAAGAAUCGUCGGCUGUGCCGCACAUCGUUGCCAACCCAGGCUUCGAAGUUGACUUGGAGGAAAGCUUUCUCCUAGAUCGCCCCGACUGCAACGACAACAACGAGCGUGCAGUCAGAACCAACAACAACUCGGUGGUGCGCCCGUCGCAUGUAUGACUGAAUUGACAGUGCCGGCCCGGUGCAUUAAGCAGAGAACCUAGCAGGAACAACAGUGACCCACAAAGCACUGCAGCUUAGUCUUGGGAUGCUAGAAAAGCCUAUAAACGUGCAGGCAACAUGGGUUGUGGCCACCAGACUCGCUUUCCCAGUGUUUCGUUGCCCUAGUUUCUCUAGUGCGUCGUUUAUUUCAAAGCAAAAGACCUUCUUCAUCUGCCUGGAGUGACCAGCCAGCUUCCAGUACAGCGCCUCCCUGUCGGCUUUUCAGCAAGGGUGAUGAACGGAAUGAAGUCUGAAGAGAACAGUGUUCCUGGAAUCAUUUCGUAUGCUUGUGAACUGAAGGGAGUGGUUUCUUGACAGCUGAAAAUUUCUUGCUGCAGUGAUUGAACUGUUCGUUUUUUUUUUUUUUUUUUGUCUAAGUUUGCAGUGACUCUUCUGCUGAAAAGGGUGCAAUUUUGAAUUAACCGAACCUUUGCUCUUACCAAAGUGGUUUUUUUUUUUUUUUUUUUGCUCCCUUUGUAACCAAGAGACUCAGCAUCAGCAUUGUUUAUUGAAGUAGUGUGGAGGCAUAUUGACAUGUGCUGAAAGUGUAAAGGAGCAGUUCUGUUAAAGACGAAGGCUCCCUAGAACGCUGGGAACUGGCAGCUUACACUCCGCAAACUCACGUGAAUCGGGAAGCCUGCGACGUGACUCAGCGUCCUUCACUCGUGACUCGCUGCCUCGCUAUGGUAAGCUGUCGCCAUUUUUGUUCCCUCCUUUUCACAAAAGCACACUUUCAUCGCGACAUCAUGUGCCGAAGAGCAUUUUGCAGUGUGAGUGAUGAUUGUGAUCUUUUUUUCAAUGUAAUGUCCUUUACGUCGAUUAGUGGCAGGAGAUCUGGUGCUUGUAUCAGCAGGGUUCCCGGUGAAGUGAAGCAACCAGCACGAGAACGCUGGGAUGCAUUUAUACUGUCACAAGAUUGAAGAAAGAAAUAUGCUGUUAAUCGAGUUGCCUAUAGAAAGAUUCAUCUUUUAGCACUUGCUGCCAAUUUCCAAAGAGAAAGCACUGUUUCUGGCAAGCUUCUCGCCCAUCAAAUUUAAAGCAGUAUCGACACAUAUUUAAGUUGUAGAAGCUCUACCACACGCUUUUUUUACUCGUAAUAAGAUCGCACUUAGCAAGCAUGAAGUUUGGGCAACAUAACAUAUUGUAAUUUGAUACUAAAGUUGAUCUCUGAACAGCAGAUGUGGUGUCUUCAACAUUAUUGUAACAUGGAGUGAAAUUCCUUGGCAUCGUGUAGCUGUAAGGCUAGGUAUGGUGACGUUACUCAUAAAAUAAAGUAUGCUCUGUGUACUUGUCGUGACUGCACUCGUAUGUGGCAGCCACAGUGAUUGCAGAAACGAAGCUAGAAGCCAAUGUGUCAUGAUAUCAGGACACAUUCAUCUUCUGUCUACCGGAACCGAAACUGUUUCUUAGAAACAAGUAUUAUAAUAAAUUAAGAUUUCUUGACCCUAGCCAGUAUUUUUUUUAGAGCCUAGAGGGCUCGGACCUUCAUUUGUCGGGAAAAAUAUUAAAGUAGAAAAUGCCACGUCGGUACUCCUUAAGGUGAUUCUCUGAUAAGUUACACGGCUUGGGGACUUCUGUUUAGUUCUACAUAUGCUCAAUGAACUUCUGUUCAGCCAAAUUUCUUAUGAAACAGAUUUUCAAGGUUCAUUCAAGUUGUGUGAAGGGGAGAGCAUUGUAUAAUAGAAGAAGGAAAAACCUGCCCAUGGGGUGGGAGUAUUACUCUUAAAAACAUACCCUGCUUUAGAAGUGACCUUCUUAUACCUAAUGUGCCGAAGAUUUAAUUGUAAGUGUAAUUGGAUUCCUCUGUCAAACAUAUUGUUUUGGUCUUGAAAUGUUGCGUUGCAAGCCGACAACAGUGCCGUUUAUGAAGAAUGUCAGCUUGUAGUUGGCAAGAUAGUGUUGCACCAUUUUCAUUGCGGUGUACAAGCUCUAGUAAUAUUAUUAUGAAACUCUCAGCCUUUGAUAGCUGUCAUACGCCUUUUAGGUCGAGUGUGUUCAUGCAUUGUAGGUUUUAACAAAUAAUCGUCCCAGAGUGCUGUCUUUUUUUCUUUUCCUUGCCAGACAGAAUACCGAUAAAGCUCCUAGGAUGUAGAAAAAUAACAAUUCCAAUUGCUGAUGGUAUUACAAGUGGGGCUCAACAUCUUCGGCCAAAGCCCGAAAACAUAAUUUUCUGAAAUUCUAUUUUAUUUGUGAGAGGUCAGUAUUCAAGGGCAGCAUGAUGUGCUAGAAAGGGUGUCAUACCUGUGAAUACUUAAAAGUUUCAUUUGCUUAAAAGCUCCGUAGAUUCAGCACAAGAUUGGUGGUUGUGUAGGACUCUGAGUAUGAUAAGCAUGCUUGAAACAUGAUUGAUCGGGACAAAAUUUGGAUGAAAUUGAAAUUUACUUUCCAGUCGAUGCUAGUGUAAGGGCCUGUUACAUUCUGUGUGUCUACUCAUCUUUCAUAACGAUCAAGCAUAUUUAUUCCUUAGUGUGAUAAGUUCACCGCUACCAUUAAAUACAUAAACCCAGUUUUGUGGUUGGUUAGUCUCAUGAUUUAAUGAAAGUGCUAUCCAGAUGAAACUUUCUGUACACUCUCAUGAUUCUUAACUCAUAAAAAUUUCCAUCCAGCAUCCAUAACAUCUGCUUACUAGAUAUUACUGGGAAGACAGGUAAACUUAUGUGUAUAGUCACCAAAAACAUUAUUAACACUCAUGUGUACAAUAUAGUCACUGAUAGACACAGGUCACAUUCAUGGGGAGUCGUGAAAAAAAAAAAAAGUGACUUGUUUGUUUUUGUUUUCAAAAAAAGAAAGCAACUUAGAAGGCCAAAUUGCAUUAUACUUUGGUAUAAAAGAAAACUGCCAAAUUCCUUUGCCAAUUUGGAGUUAUGCGAGAACACCUGUUACAACUUCUGAAGCUAGCAUCUUUUAUGUUGUUUAUUUUGACUUCUUCUUUGACUUAUGUUUAGUGCAUUAAAUGGGCUAAUACGUUUUAUAUCGAUAGUUGUUAAAUUUAUACCCUAAUUUAUGCAUGAAGCAAUUAUGCAAUGUUUUGUGGUUCACACAGCUGACUGUUAUAAAUGAUUGUCACAUAGUAUGGUUUCAUAUUUAGAGGUAUUAGUUUUCGUUCUACAAAUUAACAAAUUUGGAAUGUCUCGGCUUCUUAUGCUGCUGAGAUGACAAAUCACAGAACCUCACUAGUUGUUCACUAUGGAGUUUCUUUAUCAUUGUAACAGAAUGGAUGGUUACAUCUAGGCAAUCAAGGCUCAAAAAACAAUGAUGUGGGCACAGCUGGCUGAUCUGUUAGCAUUAUUAAUUGUGCCAGUUUGUUUUACAAAGUGCUAGGUGUGCUACUUUAUAAACUUCAAUGUCGUUGCUUCAUUCUGCCAAGUUAGCAAAGACUGAUAACUUGUAUUAGGCUUGCUUGUUUUGUUUUGAUUAUCUGGUAUUGCAUUACGCGUUCUAACUGUCAAGUAUACCCCCUGCAGUAGCUCAGUGUCUACCGCACUGUGGUGCUCAUUGUGAGGUCACAGGUUGGAUUCCCGGUAGCGACGGCCACAUUGCGAUUGCGGCGGAAUGCAAAAAUGCUUGUGGACAGUGAUUUGGGCGAACAUUAAGGAAUCCCAGGUGGUCAGAAUUAAUCCGGAGCCUUCCACCAUCGUGUCCCUCAUAACCCACCGUGGAUUUACAAGAAGCUAAACUCUAGAAUUUUUUUAAAGCCAUCGAGUACAUUUCCAGUAUGACACUCGUUAUUGCUUGGUUGUUUUUCAUACUAUUGAAGUACUGUAUUCUUUCGGUGUCCAAAGCCGUAAAACAACACGGCACUCUCUGAAAGCUUGAUAUCAUCAGCUGUUGAGACAUUUGGCAAUCCACAGCUGUGCUGUACAGUGUAGUUUAGAAUGAUAGAAGCUGGACAUCUUGAAUAGAUGUUUUGCAGUCGCCUUGUGCACCAUUUUGCACCCUGCCCGUCUGCACCCCAGCUGCCGUAAGCAUGAACUAACUGUGAAUCUGGUUGAUCUGGUGAGGGGCAUUAAUCGCUUUCAAUCAUGUUGCUUUGCACUGAAUAGCUGUCGGCUACUCUGCAAUCAGUUGCGAGUGAUGCUUACUGUGAGGCUGGGUUUGUCUGAUUUUAGCGCUCUGCAGUGAAUGUUAGUUUAGUUACACUACAACAUAAGUGCUAAAAUUUUAAGGGAUGUGCCACAUUGGCUAAACCUUUGUUGCUUAACUUUUGCACCAAGACCCAUUCUUGCAGCUACUCAGGCUGCCCGAAUGACAGUUGUAGAGGUACCAACAUGGUUGUCAUGCUUUGGUAAGCAUAGGAAUGUAGACUGAGCAGAAUUGUAGUAAGAGAAAUAUAGUCUCAGUGGAGGUAACUAGACGGCAGUUCUUUGAACUGACUGCACAUGACUACCUCUGGGAAGUUCAGACCUCAAAAAUCGAGGCGUUCAAACGACAAUUCAGACGUCCACCCCCAUUUGACCAAUGGCAUCCACCAUGAAAGAGGCCGUCACAGGCAAAGUCUGUCAAGAGCUUCAUGCCUGUAUUUCCUCCCACCUUACAAAUUGGUGGCAUGGGGGAAACUUGUGUUUUCUUGCAGUUUCGAAGUGCGUGUUCAUGUUUGGCUCCGUCACAUGGUCACAAUGCAGUGAAGGAUGUCUGGCAGUUCAAAGGUUCCUAAAGCGCGCAGCAUUGCUACUCGCUUUCGUGGAAUUUAAAGUAAGGCUAGGCUCAAUGUCACUGGUCACUACAGUUAUUGUACAAACAGCAUCGGCACCACGCAUGUAAACAUGGCUUUAAAAGUGUGUUCAGUCCUAAGGCUAAUCGUAGUUGCCAAACAAGUCUUGUAGCGCACAGGCGGCAGUUGUAGAGAACAGUGAUGUGAACAAAGAUUGACAGAAGAAGUAACCUCAUGGUCGAGCGAAGAGGCCCUCACCUUUAUGAAAUUGAAUUUUUUGGUCGCAUUUUCGGUGCCUGGAAUGCCAGAAAUUAAGCUCGUUCUCGCUGCCAACGAGAAGAACUCUAAUGAAAAGGACAUAUGCAAUGGUGGUUCUUUGUUGCUGCGCAGUUGGUGUGAUGCCCUUGAUGGUUUCAUUCAGAGAUUCUCAUUAAGCAGGAUAUCAUUUUGAAUUGUUGCUUGUGGGGAAAGGGAGUCAUUCCUUUUAUGCCAUUUUAUGCCGCUCACCCUACAGCAAGUAGCAGCUCCAUGCAAAUUUUUUAAUAAGUGCAAACAGAUGCUGCGCUUGAGCAACAGCACAUUGCUUGCUCUGAACAGGCCUGUGUAUAUGCGGGUGGUAUGUCGAAAAACAUGCACAUUUUCAUGUUUUGUGCUGCUAGGAUUUUGAUUCUUUUUGAAGUGUAUCAGCUUCUUAAAUUGAUAUAGCAAUGGUACGAUUGCUUGUGUAGGUGAAAUCACAUGUGCCAUCACUGCGAGGAUGCUUGCUGGAAUGUUUCCUUGGUUUCAAAUUAGUUUUUCCAAAUUAGUUGAUGCGCUAGUGUUACUCAAAGCUAAACUAGAGUCACUCAUGAUUUAGGCAAGAGGAACAAAGUCAUUGGAGGUGUGGAGUGUCAUUAUAAAUCGUUGGUUGUUGUUGCUUGCAUGUUUUUGUGAUUGCCCGUGUUCACUUUUUUCAGCAGUUCUGUUCAUUUCAAGUUAGGAGGUGAAGCUUGAGCAUUUGAAAAAUGCAUUUCUCGAGAGACCAUUUCUUGCAAAGUGAGGAGCUUCGGUGAUUGUAGAGGAAUCUACUUCAUCUUCCAAACACUUUUCUAGCCGUGAUUGAAUCAAAGUCCAAUUUCCAUUGUGCUCUGUCUUUUUUUUUUUUUUUUUUGAGGUAUCAAUACUUAGUACUAGUUGCAUUCCAGCUCAUGGACUUGGGUGUAAAGGACACCAUCUUAUAUUUAUUGCUGUAUGGUUAGUAAGCCUUUUUUAUGAAUGGUUUUAAGUUGACACAUGCAUAAGGUAGUUAGUCUGGCUGUGAGCAGAAGGCAAACUGGAAUAGUGUCUGUGCAUUUCUGUGUGUUCAAAUCUGCAAGAGGAGUUUAGAAGUGUAAACACAGAACAUGAAGAACUGCCAUGCUUGAAUUAAUAUGUGGCAGUGUCAGCUUGUGUAGAACGCUUACCUGCUCAUUGCUUUAUGGUAUACUCAGGCCAGAUGUAAUUUUCAGUCUGCAGUUGUCCCCGAAUGGUUUUCUGAUGUGUUGCAUUCAUAGGUUGAUUCUUUCAUCAGAGGACGACUUCUUUGUAAUUUAUUGUGCACUAAAAUACUCCUUUCCAAAGCCUGUUCAGCUGAAGCAGUAGAAUAUUGUGUUGUCCUGACUUAUAUUGAAUAGAUUGUCACUGUUAAAGAAUGCGCUCUUGCUACUGUCGUUAUUAUACGUACCUUUAUUUGAGCUAUAGUGCUUCCUUUGUUCUGCCUCCCGAGGGGCUUAUAAAAGUUCAGUGGUAAGUCUAUACUGACCCACUUGGCAGGCAAUAAAAGUGACUUUUAAAGUUGGUAGUCCGUCAAGUAUGUCAUCAUCCACUUCUGGUGACUUCUGUGCAUCCCAAAUGCUUUAUUUAUUACGUAUAAUGUGCAGCUAUUGCAUGAUGUUAAAGAGCACUUACAGCAUCUUGCCUUUUCUUUUCAACAAGUUCUGGCACUCUUGACCUUCUUUUUUUUCCCAUUUUCUUCAUCUGAGAACUAGUUUUAACUAUCUUUGCACAGCUGUUUCAAGUCCUGUUCUGGACCUUGCACAGCUGCGCAUCUACAUGCAAGCAAUUAUACUACCAUUGUGUACCAUGUAUUACAUUUACAGUGGUGUGCUGUCUCUGACUCCUGUGUUCUUGCUUAGCACAUUUUCGUUGUGCUUCAGCACACACACAUCACUGUUUUUAGAGCCAGCUCGAAUACUAUCUUGGUCAGGGACGACCUUUGUUAUAUUCCCAGUGCCAUUUUUAUGUUCGUUAGUUUUUCGUACACAUAAUGUCAAGCUGUUCACAUUGGACAACUUAGUGGUUUACUGUGAAGCUACAUUGUCAAACACUCUUGCAUCGCCUUUGCGUGGUUGUAUUCAUACUGAUUAAGCUGUGGAAUCUUGCACUCUUUUUUUGACGGUCACUUUCUUUAUAUGUAUAUGGUAUUAGCCAGUGGUACAGUGUUAUGUGCCAGUGUGUUUCAUUGCUCUUUUCUUUCACAUAUUAGAUUAUCUUUUUUUUUUUUUGCUGACCAAUGUGAGUAGGUAGAUGUGCACAGGCUAUGACGGACUGAACCUGUACCCUCUCUUUGAUAUCGAGCUUAUGACCAAGCGACAUUGAUAUGCCUAGGAUUCGCAAUAUUGUGCUUUGUAAACAACAGCACACCAUCUUUCUGUUUGCCAUAGCUAUACUGGCCUGCAGCUAAGGUACUGUGCUAAUUAAAACAGCAAAGCGGAUUUCUAAUAUUGAAUCUAUAUUACAACAUUAUCUUAGAACAAGCAGGUAAUACACGAUUAUAUUACACACACACAUUCUUUUGUUAUUUAGAUGUAAACAUACUUUCUAAUAGGGCAUUAUCCAAUGUCAUGUGGCAAAUGUAUCCAGUGCUGUACACUGUUUUUCAAAAUUUGCAGUGUACAUUUAUCUUUAGCAUACGACCUCGGGCAGCUGUUUUGUCAUACUCAUUCGGUUGAGCGCAUCAGUAUGCUGGUAUUGCAUGGAGACUGAAAUAAGUAUUGCCUUACUGCUUACUGCAAUGUUUUCCUCAGAUCUGGCUUUUCCAAACUGUAUGUUUGGCUGAGCAUCCAGUCAAACUUGAUACAUUCCUCAUUCCUCAGGUAGUGCUGUUCUUUAGCGCUAUGUGUGGCUGAAUGCACUUGUUGAAUCUAUGCCACUCCGAAGAUGGAGUCCUUGUGACAAGACAACAAAAUAACUGCUGCUAAGACAAACUCGACUGAUGCGUUGCACAAGAAGAGGACUUUUUUUUUUUUAAUCGCUCUAACAAUGUCCUAACUGCACUAGGAUUUCUCAGAAGAUGCUCACUUUAUGAAGUGUGCAUAUUUCUGUUUAGUGCAAUAAACACUGGCCAGUUUCGCUUCUGCAUUUCUAGUAGUGAGGGCGGUAGAUGGUCAUUGUUGUGCCGUUGUCCUCGCAGACGUCUGGCGUAGAGUUGAUGGUGUCCUGUUCUGUGAGAAUGGUGCUUUCAGGUUGAUUGCCUCACAAUAAUGUGACAUGUGCCACUAUUUUUUUAUCGCACCUAUAGAUGGCGCCUGAAUGCAUGGGUAAAAAACAUGCCAGGGCAGCUCGACUGCCAUAGACAUGCCGCUUCUUGUAUAACUGACUGGUCUCUGGUGUUCGUGUUUGUUUUUGACAUGUGACAUGAGUGGCCCGAGCUGGGAGUCUUUCUGCAGCCUACGUCUGCGCAUUUUCAUUUCAACGUAGAGGUGUUAGUGUAUGUGAAAGAGUGUGUGGAACCGUGGACACAAAUAAUGCAUACUCAGUUUCAUUGUAAUAAAAAUACUUUGCCUUUUA